CUGUGUACUGAGUAUCUGACUAUACAGCUCAUGGAAAUAAAAUAGACUGCAGCGGUCGCUACGGAUCAGGACAGCGAUGGGCGUCUUGGAGCGAAGAAGACGUGUGUGGAUAUGUUUCAUUGUGCUCCUCUGUUUUGUGCAUCGAUUUCCAGCUCAGAUCACAUAUUCGGUUGCGGAAGAGGUGGAUAAUGGUACCUUUGUUGGAAACAUCGCCAAGGAUUUGAAUCUUAACUUGCAAGAUAUGGAUUCGCGCGGGCUGCAUAUUGUUACCAGUUUUAACAAGAGGUAUUUCGGUAUAAAUUCGAAAUCCGGUGUUCUUUUUGUUAAUGAAAGGAUAGACAGAGAUGAUCUUUGUGCGGGCCUUGCAAAAUGUUCAUUAAACAUAGAAAUCAUACUGAAUCAGCCAAUGGCUCUUCAUCGUAUUGAUGUAAAUGUUAUAGACGUCAAUGACAACGCACCAUUUUUCGUGGAAAAAACACAUACAAUUAAUAUAACUGAAUAUGCUUUUCCUGGUGAGAGGUUUCCGCUACCGAUUGCCAAAGAUGCUGAUGUGGGUAGUAACGCAGUAAAAACCUACAAGCUGAGUCCGAAUGACCACUUCUCUUUGGAUGUAGUCAGCGGUGGAGAACGGAGUGCGUCGGCGGAGUUAGUGCUGCAGAAGCCUUUAGACAGAGAGAAGCAGUCUGUGAUCCAGUUCCUACUGACGGCUAUUGACGGAGGAAAACCCCCCAAAUCCGGAACAUUACAGGUGACUGUAAAUGUGAUCGAUGUAAAUGACAAUACUCCUGUCUUCGAAAAACCGCUGUAUAAGGUCAGUGUUUCCGAAAAUGUUCCUGCUGGGAGUAAAAUACUGACAAUCAGUGCCACAGACUUAGACGAAGGAGUUAAUGGUAAUAUUACCUACUCUUUUGUCGAACAAGAAAGUUUAAGUACUAGUGAGGUUUUUAAUAUUAACCCCCACACCGGAGAAAUUACUGUUACGGGAAACCUCGACUACGAGAGGAAUACAGCAUAUGAAAUCCGCGCCCAGGCCAAGGACCUAGGACAUUCACCCCGGAGCUCACACUGCAAAAUUUUAGUGGAAAUUAGUGAUGUGAAUGACAACGCUCCUGAAAUUACAGUGACAUCACUUAUGAGCCCAGUUAAAGAAGAUGCUCAAAAGGGAACAGUGGUCGCUCUGAUUACAAUAUUAGACAGAGACAGUGGCAAAAAUGGACAUUUGAAGGGUACACUAAAUGCAGGAACUCCUUUCAAACUUCAGUCCACUUACAAGAACUACUUCUCUGUAGUAGUUGAUGGACCGCUGGACAGAGAAAGCAUUUCUCAGUAUAACAUAACUAUCACAGCUACUGAUGAGGGAACCCCACCUUUGUCUAGCACCGGUGUUAUUACUGUUCACGUUUCUGAUAUGAAUGACAAUGCGCCACUUUUUUCUGACUCAAAGCUUAACGUGCACGUAAAAGAAAACAGUCCAGUUGGCACUUGUAUUCAGAAAUUGACUGCAUUUGAUGCUGAUAGCGACGAAAACGCGCAAGUGACGUAUUUACUGCUGGAAAGUAACAGCAAUGGGGUACCGGUGUCCACCAUGGUAAAUAUAAACUCUGUCACUGGGGAUAUAUAUACCAUGCAGGUUUUUAACUAUGAGGAGGUAAAAAUGCUCCAGUUCCGAGUUCAGGCUACAGACUCUGGUGUCCCUCCACUGAGCAGCAACAUGACCGUGAACGUUUUUAUCCUGGACGAAAAUGACAACGGGCCUGGGAUUCUCCCUCCCUAUUCUGACCAGGGCUCCGUUAACACUGAGAGCAUCCCAUACUCUGCUGAAGCGGGAUACUUUGUGGCCAAGAUCCGGGCCGUGGACGCAGAUUCUGGAUACAAUGCGCUGCUCUCUUAUCACAUCGCUGAACCUAAAGGAUCCAACCUGUUCAGAAUCGGAACCAGCACCGGAGAGAUUCGGACUAAAAGACGAAUGAGUGACAAUGACUUGAGAACUCAUCCAUUGGUCAUUUUGGUUUCUGACAGUGGAGAACCUUCCCUGUCAUCCACGGUUUCCAUCGAUGUUGUGGUUGUGGAAGGUAACGAUGAAACUCAGACUCCGUUCAGACAGCGACCGAUGAAGGAGGAGAGUUUUUCCAGUUUACAUCUGUAUUUGCUCAUCGGUAUUGUAUCUGUGUCGGUAAUAUUUUUACUAAGCGUCGUCAGUUUAAUAGCACUGAAAUGCCACAGGACAGACAACAGCUUGAACAGGUACAGCGCCCCAGCGAUCACCACACACCCUGAUGGAAGCUGGUCUUACUCUAAAUCUACUCAGCAGUACGACGUGUGUUUUAGUUCAGACACACUGAAGAGUGACGUGAUGUUUCCUGCAUCUCGGCCACCGACAGAUGCAGAACUGAUCAGCAUUGAGGCCAGCGACACUUUCAGUGGGAACCAAACGCUACAUAGCUGCGAGAAGGUAAGAUAA